AAAUUUAUUUACAAGAAGGUCUUACACAUUUUGGGACCAUUUUGUUAUAUUUUAGCUACACACUGAAGGGGUUAAUAUUAAACCUCGUUUUUCGUCUUUUAAUGCAAAAAAGAAUAUUGCAGGAAAUUUUAUUAUUUUCUCAACAAGCUUUGGAAACUUUUUUCUCUCUUUGCGAAGAACUAUAUGGUCAACAAUUUAUGUCUUACAAUGUUAAUUGCUUGCUCCAUAUAGUAUCCGAUGUUCAAACGCUUGGUGACUUAGAAUCUUUUAGCGCUUUCGGGUAUGAAAAUAACAUGCCGGAAUUUCGCAAGCUGUUGCGCAAACCUCAUUUGCCCUUCUAACAGUAUUAUAAGAGAAGUAAAGAAUUAAAUAAUUUAAAUUUAUUGCCUCCUGACAAUACCAUGCGCAUUCGAGCUUCAUUGCCACAUGCAGACGGUCCUAUUCCACAAAAUAUUCCUGGUGAAAAUUGUCUACAGUUUAAUAAAUUAGAAAUUAGAAAACUCACACUGGCCAAUAAUGUAUGUGACAGUUGCAUCCAACUCACAGAUGGAAGAAUUAGAAUAAUUAGAAACAUUCUAAAGGUAGAAAAUGAGUUCUUUCUUGUUUUUCAAUCGUUUCGAAACAAAGAGGCAGCAUACAACGUCGGCAUAUCGUCUGAAUUUGUUGGAGUUUAUCUUUGUUCACACUUAUUAGCUGCAAAUGAUACUAUUUCGCUAAACGAAGUUGAUAAAAAAUGUUAUAGAAUGCCUGUUUGGAGUAGUGUGUCAGGCCAAGAAGAAAAUGUAGUAAAUGAUAACUGGAUAUGUUCUACAUUACUCAGUGAACAUGAAAGCUUUCAACAUUAAUAUCUUUUAUAAUAACAUUCGAGCGUUAAUUUCACAUAAUUUAUAUAUAAUGGAAUCCGGCAAAGGAAAAAAAAGACAGGGUGCAAUAAAAAAUAUGUUUAAUAAAAAAGCAGUUAGAGUGUCAAAUUCAGGACGAAUAAUCACAACUCCUAAAGGACUUUUAAGCACUUCCGAAGACGAAAUAAAGAAUAAAGUGCCAAAAAAGAAAGUAACUGUUGAGAAAAGUUUACAAGAUCUUAGGGAUUUGGCGAAGAGUUUGCGAAUAGAAAAACCUAAAGAGAUACAUCGAUCACACCAUUCAGAAUUGCAGACUUCAAGUCCAUCCUGUUCUACAGAUACUCAUCCACCUUCCAAACAUUUAAUCCUUCGAACCACAUAUCAGAUACAAGAUGAGCCAAAAAUUAAUAGUACUUCUCAAAAUUUGUCACAGAAUUCCGCAAAACAAAUAGUUCAAAAAACAGUAGAUACUCCCUACAUGAAGUUACUUCAAGAAAGAAAUGACUUUAAAAAUUUGACAUUAAAUGAACCUCCUAUUCAAAAUGCAAUUUCUGAAAGUCAGUUGCAGGCAGCACUGGCAUUAAUAAAUUCAGCUUCUGUGCAAGUUGAAACGGAAAGGAACAGUCUUCCACAAUUAAUGAUUUUACAAAAUGCGAUUGCACCUAACACGCUAAAUUCUAAUGAGUUAAAUGAGUCCUUAGAAAAUCUUUCAGAUGAGGGAGAAAAUAAUCAAGGUUUCUUACAUAAGUUUGAUUUCAAUACAGUCUUGCAAAGAUUAGAUAAUAUAGAAGAACAGAAUAGAAUGAUUCUGAAUAUUUUAACUGAGAUGCGUUCAAAUUCUUAAAAAUAUUCGAACAAACGUUGUAUCAACCUUUGACCGGUUUUCCUAUAAAAACUAUAGAGGAUUUCAAAAAUUUAGAAUCAGAAAUGGGUAAAGAAAUUCGUCAAAAAAUUUAUGAUCAUUUAAAACAGCUAGGCGGCUCUAAACUAAAAGAAUUCCUAAGUUGUGCUCUAAAGGAAGUAAUGGAAGAUCAGUUAGUUGCUAAAUUUACGUGGCAUAAACAAAAGGACUCAGAGAAAUUCGGAGAUACU